AUGGCCAUGAACCAUGCCAUCACGGUAUCUCCUUACAUUCAGAUAAAACCCCAACCGAAAUCAUUGGUAGAGAGGGUUUCGAGGUGGCGGAGGGAGAGGGAAGGCCGAAGAAGGCACGAGGGAUAAGAGAAGACCACCCUGCUUACGGCCUUGGCUGCUCGCCUUGCCCGCCCGGCCGUCUCCUCUCCGGCAGCAUCACCUACAACGGCUGGCCCUUCUCCAACCCGCUCGGCGCAAUAUGGCCUUCUCCAUCCUCUACCCCCACCUCACCGUCUCCGAGACCCUCCUCUACACCGCCCUCCGCCUCCCGCACACCCUUUCCUGCCCUGAGAAGGCCGCCCAGGCCGAGGAGGUCAUGGCCGAGCUCGGCCUCCUCAGCUGCCUCAUCAGCAUGACUGGCGGGCCCCUCGUGUGUGGGAUCACCGGCGGGGAGCGCAAGUGGGUCAACAUCGGCCAGGAGCCGCUCAUCAAUCAUAGCAUACUGCGACUCGACGAGCCUACCUCCGGCCUCGACUCCACCAUCGCUGGCCAGAUCGUGAGCAGCAUCGCCGACUUCACCUAGGGGGAGGACCGUGGUGAUGACCAUCCACCUGCCCUCCAGCCGGUUCUUCUACAUGUUCCACAAUAUCCUGCUGCUCUCCGACGGCCACACCGUCUACUUCUUCAAGGGCUUCGAUGCCAUGAACUAUUUCGCCAGCAUCGGGUACACCUCUUCUCCGGCCGCCGCAUUCUGAUUCCCGCCCAGUCGAACCCUCCGACCCUGAAGGCCGACUUCGAUGGCGGAAGGAGAACCAAGCAAUCGAUUCGUCCCCAAAUCGAACUCCGACGUCCCCAAAUCGAUUCGUCGCCAAAUCGAUUCAUCGCGUAACUCGCGUUCUCUCUCUCACGCAGGUGAUGGGCUUAGGCCUCGGCCUGCUCGGUUUUGGGCUUUGAAACUGUGAGACGGGCCGCUCGCGUCUCAGGAUUUCAUCUCCCUAGACGGGCCGAGCCGUCCUCGCUCUUUGGAAAUUUCCUUGAUAUUUUCCCAGUAUGCUUGAUUCCGAGUCUAACUCGGAUUAUCUAAAAGACCUUUCUGAAUUCGGCAAAGGAGAGAGAAAGACUUCUGCUAUAAAUGAGAGCGAGCGGGAAAAAAAAACCAACGAAUAGAAAAACACAAAGUGGGCAGAGAUGGAGGAAGAUGAAGGCAUUGGAAACGUUGCGCCUAGCCACCACUUCAGGCCUUUUCCUAAGGAGCUGGUGGAAUUCUACCUUCGGCCUAGAUUGUUGAACCAACCCCUACCAUGCCAGGCUAUCAAAGAGUUGAACAUCUACGAUUUCCACCCCAGGGAUAUCUUAGGCAAUACACCUGCCGGUAAGCAUUUGUAUUUCUUCACUCUAAGAAAAAUGAAAUAUCCUAAUGGAACAAGGCCUGCUCGUGGAACAAAUGGGGGAUAUUGGAAGGCCUCGGAAAAAGAUCAGAUCAUCAGAGAUAAGGAUGCAAAGGAGAUUGGUUGCAAGAAGUUUCUUGUCUUCCAUGAAGGGCACCAAGGUAAUGGAACAAGAACAAGAUGGCUGAUGCAAGAGUACACAGUUAAGGAAUUUUGGUUCUCUACCGACCAAAACAAGGAUGAGCUUGGCGCUCUGGCUUUGUGUGAAAUAUACUUAAAGCCAACACGAAAUCAGUCCAGGGAUGGCGAGCUUCAAGUGGAUGAACAGGAAGUGGAGGAAGAAGGAUCACCAUCUCAUUCUUCGGAUAACAUAUUUGCUGAUCGUCGAGUUGGGCCACGUCCACCUCCAUGGAACAAUGGCAAGGACGCCCCAGUCGCUUCUACGAGUGGGUGCCCAUCAGCAUUCGGCCCGGUCCAUCCAUGCCAUCCAUGGGCUACAUUAAUCUCGGCUGCCGCAACAUUGUGUCAAUUCCCCAAUCCAGCCUCAGGCCCGGGGGUUCUCAUGCUAUGGGGGGUUAUCGUAGCAAUCAUCAGAUCAGGCUAUUACCUGCUCAUCACAAAACACCAUGGGGCGUUUUCAUUUUCAAAUGCCACGCCGCCUGUUUUCAUUUUCAAAUGCGCUAAAGCGCCCGGCCAUUUUCGUUCUCAAACGCGCACGCAGACCGAGACUCGGCGGCAAGCGCAUUUAAUUUUUCUUACAAUCCCCAACAAAAAUUAUUUUUUAAAAAUAAUUUUAGAAUCAAAAUAAAAUGCUGGAUAUCUUAUAUUAUGU